AUGACUUUGCCCGUGCUGCUGUCGUUUUCACUGGCGGCGCUGGUGCUUCCAAGCGCCGCUCUACGGUACGAGCAGCAGUAUAUCGGCCACAACCUCAACGAGAAUGAGACUGCGAUCGAGGCCAAAGACUUCUGGGGAAUAUGGGACAACCAUACCUUCCAACCCUCGCCUGCCAACUGGCGAAUGCCCACCUUUGUCCUCACCAUUGAUCGAUUCAUUGACGGCAAUCCCACCAACAACGAUGCCAAUGGCACUGUGUUCGAAAACAACUGGAUGGCGAACCAGUUCCGCUUCGGAGGAGACACAGCCGGCGUAUACGACAAUCUGGACUACCUGGAGGGCAUGGGUAUCAAGACCAUCUACUUCACCGGCUCUAUGAUGCUGAACAUGCCCUGGUCGCCCGACGGUUACGGACCCUUGGACUUGACGCUUUUAGAUGCUCAUCAUGGUCUGAUCGAGGAAUGGAGAACUCUGAUCGACGAGAUUCAUCGCCGCGGCAUGUACGCCAUUUUCGACAACACGGUCUCGACCAUGGGCGAUCUCCUGGCGUAUGGAGAUGGCUACACCAACACGACCGCAGAGUUCCGAUUUCAAGAGUACGACUACAUCUGGAAGGGCGACACUCGCUACCACGACUUUCAGCCAGGCAAUGACGUCAAUGAGUCCUGCCAGUAUCCCAGGAUUUGGGAGCAGAACGGCUACUUGGAAGCGGACAACGUCACCGAGAAGUUUCGCGGAUGCCGCGCCAGCGAGUUCGACAUGUACGGAGACAUCAAAGGCACUGGUGCAUAUCCCAGCUACGUCAAUCAACUCUCUCGCUUCGCCUCAGUCCAGGAUAGACUGCGCGAAUGGAUGCCUGAUGUCCUCGAGAAAAUCAAUCGCAUGUCCUGCCUUCAAAUCACCAUGCUCGAUAUUGAUGGGUUCCGUAUUGACAAAGCUGUCCAAGUCACCAUUGAUGCCUUGGCCGAGUUUUCGCACUACCAGCGGGAGUGUGCACGCAGUGUCGGGAAAGACAAUUUCCUGGUCGUCGGCGAGGUAGUGGCCGAUCCGCGCCUGGCCGCUGUGUAUUUCGGUCGUGGCAAACAGCCCGAUCAGCAGUUCACCUCGGAGCUCGAAUCCGUCAGCAGCUCGAACGAAACCGACCCAAGCACAUAUGUGAGGCCACUUGAGAAAGUCGCACUGAAUGGCGCCGCCUUCCACUACGAUGUGUAUGGCUCGAUGACUCGGUUUCUUGGACUCGACGGUCCAUGGGGAUCUCUUGGAGUGGACUGGGCCAGUAUAUGGAAUCACUUCUUGGUGACACAAGAUAUGGUCAAUCCCAAUACCGGCGCAUUCGAUCCCCUACACAUGUUCGGCACUACCAAUCAAGACGUCUUUCGCUGGCCUUCACUGGCUGAUGGCACAGCCCGACAGCUCCUCGGCCUAUUUGUCACCACACUUGAGCUUCCUGGCGCACCCAUGAUGUACUACGGAGAAGAACAAGACUACUACGUGCUCGAGAAUCUGGCUCCGGACUACGUCUACGGCAGAACCCCCUAUGGAUCCAGCAGAGCCUGGCAACUGCACGGCUGCUAUGACUUGGGCGAAGAGCUCUACGUCGACAUGCCUUUCAAUUCGUCGAAGUACGGAUGCUAUGAUGACGGAGUCAGUCUUGACCACCGCGACCCUUCGCAUCCGAACCGAAACUUCUUCAAGCGACUGUUCGAGCUGCGUGAUGGCUACCCAACGCUCAACGACGGCUACAACUUGACCAACCUCGCCACGUGGACGCAGAACUUCUAUCUCCCUGGAAGUAACGGCAUGCCAUCGCCAACAGGCCUAUGGAGUGUGUACCGAGGCCGCAGCGAGACUGUGCAGGACUUCGCUGGCACGGGAUUCGAGAACCAGGGAGUCUGGCUGCUCUUCCACAACAAUAACGAGUCCACAACAUACUUUGGCGACUGUUCAAGCAUGAAGAGCAUCAACGGGUCCAUCUUAUCACCCUUCGCAGCAUCGACGACCGUGAGAAAUCUGUUCUAUCCAUAUGAGUCCUAUACACUCGAAGAGUCCAAGUUUCUGCUCGGAAUCGAGAACUCGACCGAGCUAAACGGUUGUCUUCCGAGAGUCACCUUGGACAAAUUCGGCUUCAAGGCAUUGGUUCCGGCCGAUAAGUGGCUGCAGCCGAAGCCAGUGAUCACCGGUGUCACUCCGAUGCACGACCAGCGCCUUUCGUCAGAAGUUGCAUACACUGAGACCGAGCAAGUACCUAUCGAGAUUCGCUUCUCCCAGGAGAUGGAUUGCGACAGCGUCGCCAACAGUCUUAUCAUCGGAUCCACAGCUCAAGGUGGGCGAGUAGCCGAGCUGGACAACUCCACCAUCGUCUGCGGACGGCUCAAUGAAUCUGCGACAGCGCAUGACGGGUACGUGGGGACGGCUUUCACAUUCAAGGCGACACUUCAGAAUGUUGCCAAUGGCAUCCACACCUACACUGUCGUCAACGCGUCAACCGCCGACAAGACCGCCUUCACGAAUACCCGAGAUCGCUUCCAGUUCCGCAUUGGUCAGUCAGAUAAUCCCAUGGUGUUUCCGCUGUCUUCGAACUAUACGACUGGGCUGCUGCAGAAAGAUGAUGAGGGCGGCUUGUUCGUUCGUCCCCGUGCAGCCGGUGCUGAUCUGAUCCGAUACUCCACGAACUGGGGCUCAAGCUGGAGUUCGUGGUCGGCCUAUUCCGAUAAUCGGCUGGCGAUCAAGCCUCAGGCCUGGUCUGGUACAUCGGCCCAAAACGAUCUGGAAAGCGCCGUCGACCGCCGCUGGCCACAUGCAUGGGUGCAAGGCGUCUGGAACCAGUGGGGCUACGACGAAGGUCUAACAAACGAGAUGCGUCUAGCCCAGAACUCCACAUGGACGUUCGAUCUUUACGGCGAAUACCCUAGCGACAUCCUCAUCAACGUGUGGGGAAUGAAUCCAGACGGCAAUCCCGACAAGAGCGCCGCAUUCGGCGACAUUGAUCGCGACGGCGUUCUCGACUGGCUAAAUCCCACAACGAUAGCCAGGAAUGUCAUCAAUAUUUCGUCAGCACCAGCUCACGGGAUCGGAUACCGCAUCGUCGUGAACGAUGGCAACUACAGUCUCAGACUUGUGUCAGUCGGUUCGGUCGUUCUGCAAGCAGCGAUAAUCCUGAUGGUCUGUCUUCUGCCAAUCGGAUCCGGCAUCUUGGGCGCUCUGUCUUUUGCUGGCAUGUUCUAUGGUGUCAAGUUGAACAAGCUCGGCACUGCAAACAUAACGAAGGGAGGACUUCUCUCCAACGUUACUCCAGCGUGGGAGAAAGUCAGUGCGGUAGUGCUCAGAGCCUUACGCCGUACUGACGACCCAGCCGAAGCCGCAGACAAUGCUGAGCUCAAAAUCACCACAGGCACGUACGACAAGUCGAUCCUCAUCGCCACAAUCGAAUAUGAAAUACCUCGAUGGUCGGUCAAGGUCAAGAUCGGCGGGCUGGGUGCUAUGGCAUCUCUCCAAGCCAAGACAGCAGAAGCUAGGGAAUUCUUCUGGGUCGUACCGUGCUUUGGCGAUAUCGAAUAUCCUUUCUCUCCGGAAACGAUGGAGCCUUCGAUAGAGGUCGCGAUCGAGGAUGUCGACCACACCGUUCACGUGCAUCUGCACAGCGAAGGGAAUGUCACCUAUGUCCUGCUCGACACGCCCGCCUUCAGAGCUAGGAAAUCCGCAGAGCCAUAUCCGCCAAGGAUGGACGACACCGAAAGCGCUUUCUAUUACUCGAUCUGGAACCAAUCGAUCGCUGCUUUCCAGGGCUUGUGGUCGCUCAAGGAGGAUGCGGACCUCAUGCGCGUAUGCGAGAUCUUCAACUUGGACGUGCAUGUCGUCAACAAAUAUGUCCGCUUCGGUGACGUCUUCAAUCUGCUCCAUGCCGGUGUCAGCUACCUUCGUGAACACCAGGAUGGAUUUGGUGCGGUCGGAGUGUCAGAUAAGUACAGCCAGCGUACCAAGCAGCGAUACCCCAUCUUCUGGUCCAUCAACAAGAUCGGGUCGCUACCGAACCCGGACCCUACCGACAUGGCGGCCUACGUGCGCUCCAACUCGCCAACCAAGGCUCUGGUAGACGAAUCUUUCGAAGAACAGAGGGCGGGAUUUCGUCAGCAAGCGCAGGAGUGGGCUGGACUUGAUGUCAAUCCGAACGCGGAUCUCUUCAUCUUCAUUGGGAGAUGGUCCAAGCAGAAAGGCGUUGAUGUUAUUGCGGAUGUCUUCCCCGCAAUCCUGGCUAAAUAUCCUUCCACACAGCUCAUUUGUGUCGGACCCGUGAUUGACCUCUACGGAAAGUUUGCUGCCUUGAAACUCGAGAAGUUGAUGGACAUGUUCCCAGGAAGAGUAUACUCCAAGCCAGAGUUCACGGCCAUUCCUCCAUAUAUACACAAGGGUGCUGAGUUCGCACUGAUGCCUUCCCGGGACGAACCUUUUGGGCUGGUCGCUGUCGAGUUCGGGCGGAAGGGUGCUCUGUGCAUUGGUGCUCGAGUUGGAGGUUUCGGGAAUAUGCCUGGCUGGUGGUUUCCUGUCGAGUCCAUGACGACGGAGCAUAUGAUCAAGCAAUGCCGACGUGCAAUUUUGGCGGCGUUGGGCUCGGAUCAGGAGACUCGGAGGUCUAUGAGAGCUUGCUGCGGUACUCAGAGGUUUCCGGUGCAGACAUGGCUUCACGACUUGAAGACAUUGCACCUAAAGGCGAUGGAGAAGAGUGCCAACCAAAAGGUUGCACGAAGGGUGCCUGCACUGCGUUCGAUGACAAGCUUAUCUUCUCUGCGCACUUUCGGAUCGCCCUCUCCUGCUUUGUUGUCACCGACGAUCCGAUCUCCGGCAACAUCUCCUGUGCCACUUCGAUGCAUGGAGAGCGCACAGUCCAUGCGGGCCGCUCUCUCACCAUCUCCCACUCUAUCUCCGGGCGUUUGGCAUCAAGCAGGCAAUGGGUCGAGGCCAACUUCGUCACAAGGGCAGAGUUAUUUCCCCAGAUCGGGCACUUCGACGCCAGAUCUGAUACCGGCAGACCUCAUCUCGCGGACAGCGACGCCGGCUGCCAUCUCCACACCUCCAAUGUCGCGCAGUUCCAGCAUGCUGGCGAUGCAUAGCCAAGCUGUCACCGAGCGCUUGAUGCCGCUCAUCGAAGUCUCCGGCUCAGCUCCGCGCGGAGAUUCACCUGAGCACGGUUCUCACGAGCUACUUCCUCGUGGUCUACCAAGAUCGCCAUCGGAAAUGAGCUUGCGGUCCGAAAAGCAAACACCGAUGUUCGACGACUCCAAAAUGCGCUAUUACCAGACUUACUCGCGGCUGUUGGACGAUAUCGCUCGCAACGGCCCGUUCACCAGCAGCUUCGGGCCUGCAAUCGAGGAGUACAUUGUGAAAAGUGAGCAAGACUGGUUCGAAGGCCUGCAUCAGACCUCACUUGGUAUGCACCUGGGAUCUGCAACGUCCUCUACCACUUCCCUCGUCCAUCUGCUCAAGUCGCACAAGGUGGAUAAGGUCGAGGCGUACACCUCCUGUAUUCGUGAGGAUGACGUCGAGAAGGACUUCUACGGCAUCCUCGGCGAGGAGUACACCGCCCCAACUGGUCUGCGAAAGGUCAUGCUGUACAGACUUGGAUCAUGGCACUACUACACGCUUGUUCUUGCAGCAGGCCAGAUACUCUGCGCGAACCCAUACCAGCUAGUCUUGCUCACGGGCCAGGUCGGCGCUCCGGCCAGCAAGCUGUACACGCUCUGCGCGGUCUAUCUCACCAUGUCUGCCGUCUGGUGGACCCUGCAUCGAUUCUUCCGGUCGGUGUAUCUCCUCUCGGCGCCAUUCGUCUUCUUCGGUCUCGCAUUUGUGGUCCUGGCUUGCAGCAGUGCGGUAUCGGACUCCGACACAGUCGGCCACAUGUGGACUGCCGCCACCUGCCUGUACACCACUGGCUCAGCGGCGUAUGCGCUGUUCUUCGCGCUCAACUUUGGCACGGAAGCUGGCAUGGCGGCUGAAGUCUGGGCAUGGCGCGCCUGCGUCAUGACGGGGCUCCAACAGCUCCUCAUCUCUUUCAUGUGGUAUUGGGGAUCGUUCUUGACGCAGGAAGGCAAGCUAUCCACGAUUGCGCAGGCCAUGGGCUCGACGAAGGUCCUGGUUGGAGUCGGCCUGCCUCUCGCGGCCAUCAUGUGGAUCUUGGGCGCGAUCACGUUCUUCGGCCUGCCGGAUUGCUACAGGCAGCCACCUGGUGUCGUUCCCUCGUUCUAUCGAUCCUUACUCGGCCGACCGCUCGUCCUCUGGUUCCUGGCCGCCGUCGUGUUGCAAUGCUUCUGGCUGUCGACGAACUACACCCGGAACUGGAUGUUUUUAUGGUCAUCAAAUUCUGCACCAAAAUAUGCCGUUGCACUGCUCGUCAUCAUUUUCUUCGGCUUCUUCUGGUUCGGUCUCAUGGCGGCGCUCAUUAACCUUUCGAAGCGCCACGCCUGGAUCGUUCCAAUCUUCGCCAUAUCGCUCGGCGCGCCGCGUUGGUGUCAGAUGCUAUGGUCGCUCUCUGGAGUCGGGAACAACAUUCCGUGGGCUGCUACGCCAGCGCUGGGAGCCCUCCUCAGUCGUGCCAUUUGGCUUUGGCUUGGUGUCCUGGACGGCAUACAAGGCGUUGGCAUGGGUGCGAUGCUGCUCAUGUCGCUGACCCGUGUGCACACACUCUUCACAUUGAUUUUGGCGCAGAUGGCUGGCGCCGCCGUCACGAUGCUGGCGCGUGCUAUUGCACCGCAUCGGACAGGGCCGCUUCCCGUGUUUCCCAAUCUUGCUGCUGCGGAGCUUCGGAUGGGAGUCUGGUUCUGGGUCGGCCUGGUCUGUCAGCUUCUUGUUUGCGUUGGAUUCCUUAAGUUGUAUCGCAAAUCGCAAUUGCAGAAACCCUGA